AUGAGUGAACAAAACCUCAUUAACGAUAACGACGAUGACGACGAGUCCCCGCCGCUGUCCAAAGAGGAGAGUAACUUGUUUAAUCCUCUGUUCGACAGACACUCCGAAAACCCAGUCCAUGAACGGUCUCUAGAGCCCGGAUUCAUUGGAGAAGCAUCAUGCGCUGCUUUUAGCAAUCGACUUUUAUCGUGCCUUGAUGACACUUACACUCCGUCCACGUCCGGCUUAUCAAACUAUCAUCGCCUCAAUACUCGAGAUCGAGUACCAAUGAACCAGGGUGUAGCAUUUCCUGAACGGAUGCAUGUCAAACUAUUGUUGAACGUUGCGCGGCGGUUUAUUGGCAAUUAUCACCCGCUUUUUCUCGAGGUUACAUUCAUGAAAGAGAUCGAUGCUGUCUACAGAAGAGAACUGAUACCGUCGAAUCUGUGGCUGUGCAAGUUCUACGCCCUUAUAGCUUUGGGAGAGAUAUACACGCAAAGACGAGGAGUUGGCGACAGCAACAGAGUCCCAGGGACGAACUACUACAUUCAAGCAGUCCAACUAUUGCAGGAAAACCAGGAUUAUUACGAAGAACCCUGCCUGAUGUUGGUGGAAGUUUUGACGCUGUUGGCUUGGGCAUCACAAAUACUUGGAAGAAUUCGAACCGCGUACUGCUAUAGUGGAAUAGCCAUGCGACUCGCUCUAAGCUUGGGAAUGCAUAGAUCGGCAGCACGACAUAUCACUUUGACCCCGGUCGAGCGAGAGAGCCGACGCCGAACGUGGUGGGUGCUCUACUUUUUUGAUCGUUUCUCAGCAUCGAAACUCGGCCAGCCUAUCUCCGUGAGGGAUGAGGAUAUAGACGUUGAAAUGCCUAGUAUGGAUGGCCUGACAAGAGACGAGAUGGCUGAGUUCCUGGACCCUCGAAAUCUUGUGAUCAAUAUCAAACUAGGCCGAAUCAUUGGGAACAUCUUAACCCAGAUUUACGGAAUACCAAAGGCCACGAAAGGACUAUAUAUCAACCAAGUACACAGUAUCUUAAAAAGUUUAAGGGAAUGGCAUGAUGAGCUGCCGCCUGACAUGCGAGUCAAAGAGAGGGGCACACCUCGUCCAGUUGCCAGUCUCCAUCUUGCAUACAACCAAUGCAUUAUUCAAUGUACCCGGCCGGUCCUACUUCAUCUGUUCAAGAUGCAGUUCCAACUGGGCUAUAAAGCUCGGGACGAGGUGACACCACGGCAAAACGUCUCAUCUAUUACACUGGCCCUGGCCGAGAGUUGCGUCAAUGCGGCGCAGGCAUCCAGCCGUAUCGUUGAAGGUCUUUUCCUUGACGGUCAGCUGGCCACUUUCGGUUUUUGGGAUGCCCACCAUAUCUUCUCAGCAGCGAUGAUUCUUAUCAUGUCUGCCAUGAUGAAACCAGCGGCCGUCAACUCGGACUGCCUGGAGACUCUGCUGAGCGUUCUACGGUCAUUAAAGAAUGACGGAAACAUCCCCGCAGUUGAUUUUUGUGAGAGACUAUCACACAUCCAGGCACGCGUAUCAACCUUACGAUCCACUGGCCGUUUCGGCGGCGUUGGUGUCGACAGAUCUGAAAGUAGUCAUCCAUUAGCAGGGUUCGAAAGAGCACCUGCUGCCACUGCAAAUCAAGAUCAGCCGCUUCAUACUCCCAUAAGCUUAGAUGGCGCAGAGAGGGGAGAUGCAGAAGUAUUUGGCUAUGACAACGUUGACGUUCUUGCAAAUCCUUUGAUCGGCAGCUUUUUGGACAGAAAUCAAGUACAAUGGAUGGAUAGCUUAUUCGCAGAGGAUGGGACGCUAAAGGAAUUUGCUUCGGAGAUCGAAGAGCAGUUCAUGUUUGGAUCUUAA